AUGGUGUUUUACUGGAGAGAAGGUCUUGGAGCUCAGCGCCUUUUGUUCUCCUUUCUGCUCCUUGCAAUUUGGGAAGCAGGGAGCGGCCAGCUCCAUUACUCGAUCUUUGAAGAGGCCAAACACGGCACCUUCGUGGGCCGCAUCGCGCAGGACCUGGGGCUGGAGCUGACGGAGCUGGUGCCGCGCCUGUUCCGGGUGGCGUCCAAGGGCGGCGGGGACCUUCUGGAGGUAAAUCUGCAGAAUGGCAUUUUGUUUGUGAAUGGUCGGAUCGACCGGGAGGAGCUGUGCGGGCGCAGCGCGGAGUGCAGCCUGCACCUGGAGGUGAUCGUGGACAGGCCGCUGCAGGUGUUCCACGUGGAGGUGGAGGUGAAGGAUAUUAAUGACAAUUCACCUGUUUUCCCAAUGACAGUAAAGAAUCUGUUUAUUUCUGAAUCUCGACAGCUUGGGUCGCGGUUUUCAUUAGAGGGCGCAUCAGAUGCAGAUAUCGGAACAAAUGCAUUGUUGACUUAUAACCUUGAUUCCACUGAGUAUUUUACUUUGGACGUUAAAAGAAAUAAUGAAGACAUAAAAUCCCUUGGUCUCGUGUUGAAAAAACUUUUAAAUCGAGAGGAUACUUCUGAGCAUCAUUUACUAAUAACAGCAACAGAUGGCGGGAAGCCAGAGCUUACAGGCACUACUCAAGUGAAGGUCACAGUCCUAGAUGUAAACGACAAUGCUCCAAUAUUUGAGAGGACGCUCUACAGAGUCAGAUUAUUUGAAAAUGCACCAAAUGGUACUGUAGCAGUGACUGUUAACGCCUCUGAUUUGGAUGAAGGAGUAAAUAAGGACAUUGUAUAUUCAUUCCACGCAGACAUAUCCGCUGAGAUUCUGUCGAAAUUCCACUUAGAUCCUGUCAAUGGAUGUAUCAGAGUAAACGCUAACCUAGAUUUUGAGGAAACCAAAUUAUAUGAAAUCCAGGUAGAGGCGACAGACAAAGGAAAUCCCCCAAUGACAGAUCAUUGCACAGUUCUAGUGGAAAUUGUGGACAUAAAUGAUAAUGCACCCGAAUUAGUAAUCAAGUCACUAGCAUUACCGGUAUUAGAAAAUUCUGAAGUUGGUACUACCAUUGCCUUGAUCAGCGUGUCGGACCGUGAUUCAGGUACCAACGGACAGGUGACCUGCUCCCUGACGCCUGACACACCCUUCAAGCUGGUGUCCACCUUCAAAAACUAUUAUUCACUGGUACUGGAUAGCACUCUGGACCGAGAGACCACCUCUGAGUAUAAGGUGGUGGUGACCGCGCGAGACGGGGGCUCGCCUCCGCUGUGGGCCACCGCCAGCGUGUCGGUGGAGGUGGCCGACGUGAACGACAAUGCGCCCGUGUUCGCACAGGCCGAGUACACGGUGUUCGUGAAGGAGAACAACGCGCCCGGCUCGCACAUCUUCACGGUGUGGGCGCGCGACGCGGACGCGCAGGAGAACGCGCGCGUAUCGUACUCGCUGGUGGAGCGGCGGGUGGGCGAGCGCGCGCUGUCGAGCUACGUGUCGGUGCACGCGGAGAGCGGCAAGGUGUACGCGCUGCAGCCGCUGGACCACGAGGAGCUGGAGCUGCUGCAGUUCCAGGUGAGCGCGCGCGACGCUGGCGUGCCCGCCCUGGGCAGCAACGUGACUCUGCAGGUGUUCGUGCUGGACGAGAACGACAAUGCGCCUGCGCUGCUGGGGCCUCCCGGCGGCGGCGGCGGCGGCGGCGGCGCGCGCAGCGAAGUGCUGUGGCGCUCGGUGGGCGCUGGCCACGUGGUGACCAAGGUGCGCGCGGUGGACGCGGACUCUGGCUACAACGCGUGGCUGUCGUACGAGCUGCAGCCGGCGGCGGCCGGUGCGCGCAGCCCGUUCCGCGUGGGGCUGUACACGGGCGAGAUCAGCACCACGCGCGCGCUGGACGAGGCAGACGCCGCGAGGCAGCGCCUGUUGGUGCUGGUGAAGGACCAUGGCGAGCCGGCGCUGACGGCCACCGCCACGGUGCUGGUGUCUCUGGUGGACAGCGGCCAAUCGCCCAAGCUGUCUUUGCGUGCAUCGGAGGGCGCCGUGGCUUCGGAGGCGACGCUGGUGGACGUGAACGUGUACCUGAUCAUCGCCAUCUGCGCGGUGUGCAGCCUGCUGGUGCUGACGCUGGUGCUGUACGUGGCGCUGCGGUGCUCUGGGGCGGCUGUGGGGCGGAGCGAGGGCGCGUGCGCGCCUGGGAAGCCUGUGCUGGUGUGCUCCAGCGCGGUGGGGAGUUUGACUUACUCCCAGCAGAGGAGGCAGAGGGUGUGCUCAGCAGUGGUUCCAUCCAAUACGGAUCUCAUGGCCUUCAGCCCCAGCCUUCCACCCUGUCCAGUUAACCCUGAUAAAGCGGAGCAACUGGCUGGUGAACUAGAUUUCUCCGUCAAAGUGAGUCAUAUUUCUUUUAAAAAAAAUCCUUGUUUUUAUGCUGUGGCGGUUGUGUUCCUUUGGAGAUAUUUUAAACGUUAA